AGUUGUUGAAAUCAUAUUUAUUUUAUCAUUACGAAGAAAUUCAUCGGAAAUUUGUAGACGAUUCGGGUUUUGUCAUCAAAAACGCAUAAGUGCGAUCAAAUAUUUUUUAUAUAAACAUAAUUUAAAAUUUAAAUAGUUUAAAACAAUUUUAUUAAGAAUUUUUAGUGCAAAUGUAUAAUACAAUUUAAAGAUAUCUGAAAUUAAUUCAAGUCCUGUUAGUUGUCGCCAUUUUUCUUGUGUCCUAUUACUGGGAUUGGAAACGCAAACUAAAUUGAAUACAAUUUUAUUAGAAACAAAAUUUUGUAUAAAGAGUGGUGAAAUCAAAGGAAAUUAAUUACAAAAAAUAACAAAUAACUUUGGCAGACAAUGGCCAAAACAUAUGAUUAUUUAUUUAAAUUGCUCUUAAUUGGUGAUUCUGGCGUUGGAAAAACAUGUAUCUUGUUCAGAUUUUCAGAGGAUGCCUAUAAUACAACUUUUAUAUCUACAAUUGGUAUUGACUUUAAAAUACGGACUAUUGAAUUAGAUGGUAAAAAAAUUAAAUUACAAAUAUGGGAUACGGCUGGUCAAGAAAGAUUUCGAACUAUAACGACCGCAUACUACAGAGGUGCAAUGGGUAUAAUGCUCGUGUACGAUAUAACGCAGGAGAAGUCCUUCGAAAACAUAAAAAAUUGGAUAAGAAAUAUUGAGGAAAAUGCCUCUGCCGAUGUUGAAAAAAUGCUGUUAGGAAAUAAAUGUGAAUUAAAUGAAAAACGACAGGUA